AGGGGUCACCCUGUACAUGCACAAGGUCUCUGCCUUCACUCAUUAAGUUAUUAUUUUUUCCUUUUGUAGAGUCUCACUAAACUAGUCUCUUUCACCUUUUUCCAUCUGAAUUCGCAUUCGAAUGAAAUAAGCCAUAUGUUAAAGGUUAUGCAUAUCGUCUCUUAGAGCUUAGCAUGUGAGUUCUCGUUUUUAAUCAAAACCUGAUGCACCUGAAGCAAUACUUAAUGUAAACAUAGGCAACUCGUUCAGACAAGCAGCACCAGAAGUUGCUGUUGUUUGGAUGCUGUGAGCAGGGAGCACAUGUUGUCUCACACAUAGAGCCCAGCAAGAAGAUCCUGAGUCCUGUGCAUAGAGACAGAGAGGAGAAGAGCAAGGCAGAGUGCUCGGGAAACUGACUGCUGUAACUGAUGGAGCACUGCUGCUGAGCUGGGAAAUUGCUUCGAAGUUAGAAAACUGUGUUUUCAGUAAAAAUGGCUGUUUAUCUAGUGAGAUCGCGUGGCAAGCUGUGAAGGACACUUUACCCUUCUGCUGUCAAAACUGACCCGUAUGUUCUCAUAACUGCAGCGGUCCCAGCACAGAUAGGGCUGGUCCUGCAGUGCUGCAGCUCUGGCUGCACAGCUAACAGGGCAGUGGGUUCACUCUUUUUCCAAAGGAAACUCACCCUAUGCGAACUUUGCAGUUAAAAGUAAAUAAAAUGCUUGUAAGUCAUGUGAGGGCUUGGGUUUUUUGUGUUGUUGUUUUUUUUUUUUUUUUUGUUGGCUGUAUUUAUUUACAGUUACAGCAGUUGGCUGUGAAUGAUAGGCAAAGUGCAUUUCUGCAGCUUUUUCUCUGACCCUGCCCUAGCAGAAGGGUAUCUUCUAUCUUCUGUGGUUCUGGUCUAACUGUUGCUGCAGUGCCUUUCAGGCUUUUGUCAUGGCUGAAUUUUGGUGUUCUUUUUUGACAGAUAAUUACUAUGUUAAAUACCACAUAGCGGUUUCAAGGCACUUAUCCACACUACCUUUUGUAUCCUAUAAUGAACCUCCGAGUAUCUGAUUCAUUUCCUGGCUCAUACAGAUUUUUUGACACAGUAGUGCUCAGUGUUUAGUAUUAACAGAUAGUAUCACAGAAUCAUUAAGGUUGGAAAAGACCACUUAGGUCGUGUCAUGCAGCCCACCCCCACCAUGCUGCUAGCUGAGUCCCUUAGUGCCACAACUGUUGAACAGUGAGAUGCACUCAAAUAUGUUCAAAUGCUGUGAGAACUUCAGAUGAACAUUAAAUUAUGUGGUAUACAGUUGAGUAGUAAAUAGUCUUCAUUACACUCGCUAGCAUUCACAAACACAUGUGAAUCCAGAUCUUCUAAAAUGCAAAUCACGGCAUGACAGAAGAAAGCAGCUGUUUUUAGACUGCUUUUUAACCUCCUUUGGAUCUGAGAAGUUCUGUUGUGCAGUCUGAUCUCCAGGUCUGCAUGGCUCCAGAGCUGUACUUAUUUGCCUUGGUGACUAAUACAAGCACUACUUCUGUUUACACUGCAAAAUCAACAGUGCUUGGUGAGAGAGAACUAAUUCUUUUCCUUUGGAGGAGUAGCACAUUACUGUGGUGGCUGUACCAGCUCAUACCUGGGCAGGCACAGCUUAGCGAGAUAAUUCUAGCCAAGGUGUUAUGGAGAGGUCCUUUGCCAUCAGGCUCUUCAGAGUAAUGGCAAGCAGGAAAAAGAUUUCCCGUUGUGUUGCAUACUUGCAUCUCUUUUAUUAAUUUUAUCAUCUUUAAGGUGUAGCUCUUUGUGUAUGUUACUGUCUUUAUUUUAGACACAAAGCUGUAUAUAAAAAUGGGUAGUGAUGUACAGUGUCUUCUAGAGCGCUCCUGAAAAUGAAAAGCUGUGUUUUUUAAUGCUGCAGUAGAACAACUGCUCAAGUUCUCAAUUGUCACAAACUGUUUCGGCUUUUUUUUUUUUUGAGACUUGAUUAUUAAGGUGAAUUAUACGCUUGAUUAUGAUUAACUAUUAUUCUUUUAUGUGUGUAAUUCAGUGAGGUUUUGUGUUAUUGCAGACUGCAGCCGGCCUUAUCAGCCUCAAGCUGCUGAGCCUUUACUGCGGGAUCCAAUUCACAGCCCUGAGUGUUCAAAGCAGUGGCACAUUUGUAUAUCUUUUUGUGUGUAGACAGAUGGAAGUGAGGCAGACAAAUGCAUUAAUAGUGUGUUUUAUUCUUGAGUGAAAUGAUAAAUUCACCAUAUUAAUCCUUAAUAUUUCUUCUUAGACUACAGCUUUUUUUUGUUCUUUUUUAAAGACAUAAGUGCAAUAUUAUUCUUCGAGGGACAAAGUGCCCUUUGUUCCUUUGGCAGGGCUUGUUCAGUUUUGCUCAGUGAGAUGUAGCUAUUCAGGGCACAGAACAAACUUUUUGAUGUCUGUCAUGGGGAAUGAAGGCAUCAGGAGUUUUGUUGUAUUUACUGUUUUCCAUCUUUCUAUCAGGAAAUAAUUCAUAUUGCUGUAUGAGCAGAGUAAGUUAAGUUUUAAUGUGAGAAAACUACUAAGCUACUUGUUAGUAGGUUUUCAUAUACAGCGCUAUGUUUUUAAACACUGGGAUGUAAUUGUGGUUUUCACAGUGCUUAUGUGCGCAUUCAAAGAUAAGAUGUCAGUGGGUGCAUUGGAGUUGUAGAUUAAUUUAUCCGAUAGAUGUUUCUUGUGAGCAAGAGCAUAUUUAAUCUUAAUUGUCAAAUGCCAUUUUCUUAUGUCUUCAAAUAGCAUGUUCAAGUACAAAGUGAUCUGAUCAAAUAUUUACGCUCCUAGCAGGUUGAGAAUUAAAGUGAAACCUAUGCUGUCUGUAGCUGUACCGAAGCGUGGGAUUUCUGGCUGCUGUGUAUUAUGCUUCUGCUUCUCAGUGCUGCUUGUUCAUGGAAACAGUGUUUAACAACCGUACAGUUUUGUGUUUGCCUCUUACUGGCUUUCAGAACGGCAAUACAUCUAAAAAAGUUAGCUGUGAUCUUCAGCAGAAAUGUGCUACUUUAUUUUUUUUUUAAAGUAUAAAAAGUUAAAAAUCUCUACUUACAAAACAACAGGUCUGCUCUUCAUUCCUGUCAAAUUCAUGGAGUGAAUAUAAAAGUACUGAAUGGGGCACUUGUACAUAUUUUAAUCCCCUUCUUCAGCUACUGGCCUGGGUAAUGAAGUGUAGAUGUGGCUGUUACGUGCCAGUUGGAAGGGAGCCGAAGCGGAGAUGUUGUUUGUACAUGUGCAGAUGUUGGCAGGAUUCCCUGUACUUCUGAUGUCAAAAGAUCUUUUUGUUGCCACAGAGUUAUAAAUACAUCUGUGUAACAGUAUGGCAAGCAGUAUUGUUUGGGAAGCUUAUUUCUAAAUAAGUAAAACUGCUCCAAGAAUUUCUUCUGUGAGACAAAAUUUAGCGUAUGCAACACAAAGAGCAUAGUAGAUGUGUUUUGAAGAGUUUCCCAUCUGAUGAGGGUUGGCCAUUUGCGAAGUACUUAGGAGCGUGUGGAAGAAUGGUGGCUGUCAAUUACGUUGGAGAAGAGCUAUGGAGUUAUUUUAACGCACCAUGGGAGAAACGAGUGGAUCUGGCCUGGCAGCUAAUGGAAAUAGCUGAGCAGCUGACUAAUAAUGACUUUGAAUUUGCACUCUACCUCCUCGACGUCAGCUUUGACAACUUUGCAGUUGGACCAAGAGAUGGGAAAGUCAUCAUUGUGGAUGCAGAAAAUGUUCUGGUAGCAGACAAAAGGUUAAUCAGACAGAAUAAACCUGAAAACUGGGAUGUAUGGUAUGAAAGCAAAUUUGAUGACUGUGAUAAAGAAGCUUGUCUGUCCUUCUCAAAAGAGAUUCUUUGUGCUCGUGUCACUGUGGACCACAAUUAUUAUGCUGUUUGUCAGAACCUUUUAUCGAGACAUGCCACGUGGCGUGGCACUUCCGGAGGACUACUUCAUGACCCCCCAGCUGACAUUGCCAAAGAUGGCCGGCUUGAGGCCUUGCUGGAUGAGUGUGCCAACCCAAAGAAGCGAUAUGGCAGAUUCCAAGCAGCAAAGGAACUGCGUGAAUACCUUGCACAACUCAGUAACAAUGUGAGGUAGUCCACAAUGAAAAUCUUUUGCAACACUGGCUAAAACACUAUUGCAAAGACACGUACAGUGAAGUCUUGAACUUGUGUGUUCAAAAGAGAAAAUGAAGAAGUGAAACUAAUUUAUUGGUUUUCUAAAUACCAUAAAGAUUUUGUGGUAUUGUAAUGUUCCUUUGCAAACAGACAAGGUACUUACUGAAGAAAAACUUGAGCUAUUACUGACUCUUCUCCUAAACUGUUUAAAAGGGAGUAGGUCAAAAAAGACUGUGAUAGUUUAAUUGACAGCUUGUGUGUCAAAGGGUACUUUAUGUAAAAUUGCAUUGGUGUCACAGUUAUGUGAAACUGAUGUUUUUACUUGGAAAGUCAAGUUAGACCGGCCUGUUUUAAAGGCCUUUUUCCUGACAUGGUCUCAUUUUUGUGUUCUGUUUUUUUUUUUAAACACCCUGAAGUGGCAUUUACUUACAGGUAAAUAUAGCUGUCUGCAUUGUUUCAAGUUUAACAGGCUUUCAUGUUAAUGCUGUGCAGUACAUUCCUACUGUGAGUGCAGGAUUCCCAUGUUUACUGUCUAAUUUUAGAGGGUUUUACACAGUAGUUUACUACGCUUAGAUUUUUUUUAAAGUUACUUUAAACUCAGAUGUCAUUUGAAUUAACACUUGUUUGAUGUCUUUUGUAGUUCUGCCAUUGGAGAUUUCACUUCAUGUAAUUACUGUACAAAAUUCUUAUCCUUAAUACCAGUACAUUCACGUGACUGUUCUUCAGAAAAUCAUGGUAUGAGCAAACCUUCAUUUAGCAGGCAUUCUUUGUGAAUUAAGGAAAGACUAAUAUAAAAAAAAUUGUGUUAAUUGAAAUUGGGGAUAGAAGCUUGACUAAAAAUAAAAAUGUGCUACUCCAGAGUAGUUGAGCAAAAACCAAAGAAAUUGGUUUUGUCUAUCCAUUCCUCAACUAUUGUAGGGGAAAAAAAUACUACCCUGAAGGUAAUAAUUCUUAAAAUUCAGAUUUCCAUGGUUGUUCCUUACUGUUUAAAGAGCUUCUAAAACUAAGUGCUUAUAGUAGAAGAAAACCCUAAUUUGAAUAAAUAUGUGCAGAAGGAUAGCAAUUUGCUUCACAUCGUUACCAACUCUGUUUAAUUCAAGUAUAGCAAAGUUUACUGGAUAUUCAUCUCUUGGUUUACCAGCUAUGUUGAUAAAACAAGAUCCACUCUGGACAUGUUUUCUUGAACUAAGUUUGUCUAUUUCCAGUGCAGUUAAAACUGAUGAAGUGUGUAAAUCUGAAGUUGUUCUGAUAAAUUAAUGUUUUUUAUAAAAACCUCACAUCCUGCUACAGGAUCUUACUUCAAAGCUUGCUUUUCACUGUAUUAUUUAAUCAUAAUUUUUUUUUUUUACUACUACAAAAUGCAUCACUUUCCUGAAGUCAUAUUCAUAAAACAGUGUUCUUAAGAAAAUAUAUGCAUGUUACUUCUGGUAACAGUAAUGAAGAAAACUAACAUUUCUUAAAUGUUUGUAUAAGAUAAUGUUUCAUGCAAGCUAAAAAUUCUGAGCAAGAUUGUAUGUAUGGUGAUUUUUCAAGAACCAAGUCAGUGUGCUAUUCAUACAGCAUUGAGAGACUGAUGGAAAUUGUUGCUUUACCAAAUUGCUGCAAGUGCAGAGUGAGGGAAGUAGUGAACUCAUGGGUCCUUCUUUCUCAAAGCUUAAGAAUUGUUGUCAUCUAAGGAUGCAGAACGCUUUUGAUUUCUUAGAUGACUAUUAAGGAUAUGUUAGUGUCCUAAAUUCUCACUUUAAAUCAUCUUUGCUUAUAUAGUCUAAUUUCCUCCCUAGGUCUUGUCUUAAUUGUCUUCUGAAGUUGGAAGGACCAAUGCAAGUUGUGGUUUUUCAUUUCUGUCCUCCCGUCGUUUAAAGUCUGUUUUACUUGCUGUGACGUAAGCUGUCAGAGCAUUCAUAUAAUUUUGCAUCAUAAAAUGCUCUUGUUUGAGGAAACUAGACUAGCAUUGGGUAAUGCUACACUACCAUAAAAGCCUUGACUUAUCACUAACGGUGAUUUUAUUUUUUUAAUUUUUAUUAAACCAUCCACCACGUUUCCCAGUGAGAGAGUGGAGUGCGACUGUUCCGGUUUUAAAAGAAACAAACACUACCAGCUCUGGUUACUACUUGAGGCAGUUCUGUCACUGCUAGAACGUCCUGUCAGCUUUGUUUUGGGAUUUAGUUCCCUCAGAAACAAGUCAAUGAAGUAGAUUAUAAAAGGAAUUUGGAACUUUAAAGAGGAGGGGAAAAAAUAAAAUACUACAGGGAAAACAUUGUGGAGAGCAAUAAAUUUUGGUCAGUUUGCACCUAUCAGAUAUUUAUUGUACAAUAACGAUUUAUAUUUUUAGUCAUUGCCCAUUAUUAUUGAUGAGCACGGUGAAAUAUUUUUGAAUGAGGUGUUUGGGGUUUGUAUGUGCAUUACAAUUGUCCUUUUGUACUGUAAGUUACUGUUUGAUUGGAAUAUUUUAUCAAAACUGUUUCCCUGUGCCUUUAUAUUACAAGAAAGUUGUUUCUGCAACUUCUAAUGAUAUUAAUAAAGAGUACUUUAAGAACCUCAA